AUGGCCGGGAAUCGAACCCGGGUCAACUGCUUGGAAGGCAGCUAUGCUCGCCACUAUACCACCAUCGCUCACCUUGAGAGUCGCAAUGGUCACGCGAGUUCUUCAGGUCACAGCAGACAAGCGCGAGACAAGCCACCACAGCUGGCAACACCUGUCAGUGAACACAUUCAGGAUGAAGAUGGGCCAUACGUCACGAAGCUGCCAAAUGCCUUCAUGCUCUAUCUCAAAGAGCAGAGGCCAAAGGUCAUUGCUGAACUCAACAUCCCUGGAAGUGCAGCCGGAAAUGCAGUGGUGGGACAGAGAUGGAAGUCGCUUUCAAACGACCAGAAAGCCAGAUAUUUCAAGCAGGCUGAAACAGAAAGACAGAAUCAUGCCAAAGAGCAUCCAGCCUGGUCGACCAAAGAAAACUAUCCCUUCAGUUCCAGACAGAGGAAGCCUUUGUCGCAGACAGUGAGGAAGAACUGCUGUCAGUGCUGGAAGAGCUCGACCCCCUCCCCAUCACUGCGCAGUCUCAGCAGCCCUCACCCACCCCUGCCUCUCCUGUAGAUGCCUCUCAAACUGCAUCAGUUCAACCCCGAG